AUGAAGACUGUAUUUAUUAUUUGCAUAUUUGUAUACGUCGUAUGUGGAAAUGAGGAGGACUUUAGGACCAUCGAUUCUAUCAUUCAAGAGGAGCCGUGUGCAUCUCAAGGUGGUAUCUGUACAGUGGCCGCUGAUUGCCCAAAAGGCCAUUUGGCUGAAAAACCAGAUCUUUGCCCCAAACAGCGCAAACAUGGGGUAGAAUGUUGCCAUGGACAAUCCCUAAAAGAAUUAAGAUGUCAGAAAAGGGGAGGCGCCUGUAUAAAACUAAAUGACUUCUGCAAUAUUCAACUCAUUUUUGAGGCUGAAGACUGCCCGUCAGGUCGGAAGUGCUGUAUGCUAGUGUAA